UACUGGACGCCCCCCAGCGCUCACUACAGCGCUCUGUCGUCCCCCUCCCCCCCCCGUAACCGUCCAAUACGUAGCCUCCCUGCGCGGGGGCCGAGGGGAAGCCCAGCCGGCCGGGUCGGGGUUGCCGCGGAAAGGGACGCCACCAUGGAUCGGGUGGCCGUGCACCUGUGGGUGAAGCCGGAGCCCUUCAUCGUGGGGACCCCGCCGCUCCCGCCGCCGCCCAAGCUCGGCCCUCACUACCUCAGGAAGGUGGCCGGCUACGUGAGGGCCCGGGCCGGGGCCGGGGGCUACCCGCGCCUGUCCUGGGCCACCUGGCAGCGCGUGGCCUGCGGGAAGCUGCAGCUGGCCCCGGACUUGGCCUGGCUCUACUUCGAGACGUUCGACAGCCUGGCCCCGCGGUCCCCCGGCCAACGCCUGGAGUGGGCCGAGGCCGCCGCCGCCUGCGCCUCCGAAGACGAGCUGGACCAGCGGAGGAAGGAGCUCUCAGUCGACACCCUACAGUUCCUGCUGUUUCUGUUCAUCCAGCAGUUAAACAAGAUUUCUUUGAGGACAUCUUUGAUCGGGGAAGAGUGGCCUUGUCCCAAAAGCAAAGUUCAGUCCCCUGACCUAAAUGGAAAAUCGAACUGUCGUAAUAAGAACUGGGAUGACUCCAGCCAUCAGGAGUUCGUCCGGAACCACCUGUCGGAUAUGCUGGAGCUGCUCCUGGAUCCCGCCGAGCCGACCGGGAGCCGCGCCCACGGCGGCCUGGUGUCGGCGGAAGGCGUCCGAGCCCUGAGCUUCCUCCUGGAGGGCACGGUGAGCCGGGCCCGGAAGAUCUACCCGCUCCACGAGCUCGCGCUGUGGCCUCCGCUGCAGGCCGACAGCGGCUUCUCCCGGAGGGCCGAGGCCUUCCCCUUGGCCAAACUGGAGGCCUGGCUGCGCGCCUGCUUGACGGGGAACCCUUUCGGCACUUCGGCCUGCCUCAGGUCUGGAAAGAAACUGGCCUGGGCUCAGCAGGUCGAAGGAACCACCAAGAGAGCCAGGGUGGCCUGCAACACCCGCGCGGUGCCCAAGGUGCCCCGGCUGGUGGUGAUGAGCCAGGUGGACAAGCAGACGCUAGCCAAGAGCUCCGAUACCCUGGUCGGGGCCCACGUGAGGAUCCACCGCUGCAACGAGUCCUUUAUAUACCUGCUCUCCCCUCUGCGAUCCGUCACCAUCGAGAAGUGCCGGAACAGCACCGUGGUGCUGGGCCCCGUCCAGACGGCCGUCCACCUCCACGGCUGCGACACCGUCCGGGUCAUGGCCGUCUGCCACCGCCUGUCCGCCUCGGCCACGACGGACUGCACUUUCCACCUGCUCACGCCGACGCGGCCCCUCAUCCUGGCGGGAAACCGGGGCGUGACCCUGGCCCCCUUCCACACCCACUACCCGAUGCUGGAAGACCACAUGGGCAGGACGGGCCUCGCCACGCUGCCCAACCACUGGGACCGCCCGCUCACCCUGGGCCGGGACGGCCCCGGGGGCUUCCGCCUCCUGGCUCCCGCCGACUUCUACCUGUUCGUCGUCCCCUUCCAGAUGGAGGGGGACACCACCGAGAUCCCCGGCGGGCUGCCCCCGGCCUAUCGGAGGGCCCUGGGCCGGCGGGAGCAGAAGAUCCGAAUUUGGCAGAAGAUGGUGAAAGAGGCGGGACUCACCAAGGAUGAGAGAAAACAGUUCCAAGUCCUGGUGGAGAACAAGUUUAACGAAUGGCUGAUUAACACAGGACAUCGCCAGCAACUGGACAGCCUCGUGCCCCCGGAGGAUCCCGGCCGCAAGGCGACGAGCCGAAGAUGGCACUUGUCGGACGUCUUGAGCCGUAAGCGACCGGGAACGCCUGCGCUGUGGCAGGCGCCUUGAGGGGGCUUGAUUUUUUGGCUCCGGAGUCCGUUGGACUCUCUUGUUCUGUCUGAGAUCUUCAUCGCUGGCCCCUCCGCGGAACGUUUCUCGCCGUAAACAGCCAGAUUAACUAGGAGAGCGAUCAUCUCCGGGACGGAGAGGGUGGCCGAGAGUCCUUUGGGUACCCGCGGGGCCUUAAGCAUCCUCCUAGGCCUUCCGCUUACCUCUAAAAGCAACCGAGUCGGCCCGGAGGGAAAGUUCCCGCGUCCCCUGGAUGGAAACGAGAAUCGGGGAGUUGGUUUCCGUGCCUUGGUUUUUAUGCCGAAGCAUACUGCGUCCUUUUAAGAAGAGGCAUCGGCAUGUUUUCUGUGCGUGUCGAGUCAAAAUAUUUUUAUAGAGAGAGGUUGUUUUAGCACUUAAUCCAUGAUGUUUCAUGAAAUGGCACGGAAGUAUUAUUGGUUUUCUGUCGUCCGCUGCUAAAUUUCAAUAAAAUAUAGAAUUCUAAGA